GGAGUUUCAGCUGGGGAUUGUAUACACCACGUAUUCGAGAGUGAGUCACCGUACCGUUUGUUCGUUUUGUGAUUUUUAUUGUACAAAUUGAAAUCUUACGAGCCAAAUAUUCUAUAAUGAAAUGCAGAGCGUUGUAAUGUAGAAGGUUGUUCAUUACUUAGUAGUAAUCGGUUGGCUGAUCAAAAGAUAAAAAGGAGAUAAAAGACUUAGAGCCUCGGCCGUCACGGUGCAAAGUCUCACGCUUCUGCAGCUGCAGACAAUACGGUACACACACUCAACACGUCAAUGCACGGAAAAGACGUCGGAGAAAAGGGUUCGGAAUGAGUACCGUAGUCCAACGUAUUGACAACCGACGUGGGGAAUCAGAUUGUGAACUUCUUUUACCGGUAGGACCCGAUUUCAGCGACAGCCGUCGCAAUGAGAAAAUACUUGAUUUAGAAUCGAGUGAUGAGUAUGUCGCGAAUGUGAACGUUCAUGUUGAGAAUAGGAUAGAACCCCCUCAUUUGCAUGGUCUUCCAGAUGUAAUUUUUGAACCGAACACGGCCACACUCGAUAAUUCAAUGACAAGUUCUCCCGCCGGGCACAGCCGGCGAGAAAGAGAGAACGAACCUCUUUUGCAGCCGGUGCGGAGUAGGAGUAGAAACUCGUCAUCUUUGGAGGAUUUCAACACAUUUUCAGAUGACCCAGAAUUUACUGGUAUUGUUCGAGAGGCAGAGCAAGCCAUUCUCCAUGGAAUUUACCCAGAAAGAAUAUCACAAGGAUCGAGUGGAAGUUAUUUUGUCAAGAGUUACACUGGGAAGGUGAUAGGUGUCUUCAAGCCCAAGAGUGAGGAACCAUAUGGUCAGUUGAACCCCAAGUGGACAAAAUGGCUGCAGAAGACUUGUUUCCCUUGCUGUUUUGGCAGAGGAUGUCUCCUACCAAACCAAGGAUAUUUAUCGGAGGCUGGAGCUUACUUAGUUGAUAGGAAAUUAGGCCUCGAUGUAGUUCCCAAAACAAGGGUUGUAAAAUUAGCUAGUGAAACUUUCAACUAUUCUCCCAUCGAUAGAGCAAAAGCCAAGACAAAGAAAUUCACCUUGGAAAAGUUUGAAGCCAUUGGUAGGAGAUUCAAUCGUAUUGGGCUACCACCAAAGGUUGGAUCGUUCCAGCUCUUUGUCAAAGGUUUCAAGGAUGCAGACUUUUGGUUAAGAAGGUUUGAAGGAGAGGACCUCCCGGAGUCAACAUCCAAACAAUUCCAGCUUCAGUUUGAAAGACUUGUUGUCUUAGAUUACAUCAUUAGAAAUACAGAUAGGGGCAACGACAACUGGCUGAUCAAAUAUGAGAAGACAGGGCUGGAAGAGGACCAGCAGCAGCAGCAGGGCCUUGAAGAGUCUGGUGAGGAAUGGGGUAUGGUCACACCACCGGUCACUCACGUAGCAGCGAUAGAUAAUGGAUUAGCAUUCCCUUUCAAACAUCCAGAUGAAUGGAGGACAUAUCCAUACCACUGGGCCUGGCUACCUCAGGCAAAGCAAGCAUUUUCAAAGGAGACGGUUGACCAUGUACUACCCAAAAUAAGUGAUAUGAAUUUUAUUGAAGAACUCUGUACAGAGCUCUACCAGCUUUUCAGCGAGGAUAAGGGCUUUGAUAAACACAUGUAUGAGAAACAGAUGGCCGUAAUGCGUGGGCAGGUGUUGAACCUGGGCCAGGCGAUGAGGGACAACAAGUCCCCCGUACAGUUGGUCCAGAUGCCCCUCAUCACCGUGGAGAAGAAUAAGCAGGAUGGGAGCAGCGGCCCGGGGCGCAUCCGUCACCAUAGCGACUCCUUCACACAAAGCUUCCAUUCAAAGAUGCCCUUCUUCAGCUGUUGUUGAUGACGGCUGAUGGUUAGUUAACUAGAAUCACAUAGAUUUAAAGAAAAAUGUACUUUAAGGUAAUUUCUGUAGCUGUGGUUAAUAUUGUUGUGAAGUUGUGCAAAAAAGGUAUUCGAUGUAUCUUGCAAUCCAAACAUGACUCCAAUGAGAGUGAUGCAAUGAAGAGUAUUGACACUUUCCUUGAGAUCCUUUGAGUCCUGAAAAUUCUAAAGUUGAGUGAGAUGAGUGGUAUGAUACAUGCAUCUAUUACAAUUAAGCUUUAAUGGAUGGGACAUUCCUUUACAGGAUUGUAAAGUUCAUGUAAUGUCAACCAUAAACAAGCAUUUGAAGGUUUGUUUGAUUGUCAUGAAUUUCUAAAAUAAGACACUUAAUUUUUCUUUUGCCAAUCUGACUGUACUGACUCUUUGUAGUGGAAGAGAGUUGAACCUUGAUCCCAUACGGUCUCAUAAUUUGAACUUGUGUGUUUUUACUCCAAAAGUUUUUCCGCCGUGGAAAAAUUUGAUAAACAAGUGAUGACAAUGAUCAUUUAUCUCGUGCUAAUACACAGGAGUCUCAUGCUGUGAAAUUGUGGCAUUCAGUUUAUUGAAACUAAAUGUCAGGAGAGUUUUUAUUUGAAACUGCACCCUCUUUGUUGGGUGAAAAACAUGAUUGUUGGUGAUUGGAUAUGCAGUAUAAGCCUAGUAAUUGAAAGAUGUAUAAACUAAAAAAAAAUAUAUCAUCUUUAUAGGGAGAUUAUCCUUACUUUAUAUUUGUAGUUCGGAAUCUUUACCUGUGUCAAUCAGCAUUCUAAAUCCAGUGGUAAAUUUGACCACGGUUUAGGGACUUGACUGUCAAAAUGAUAAGUGAAUCUUUAAAAGGAAGGUAGUAUAUAUUUGACAAAACUAUAUACAUUUCUAUGUUUACCAAUAUAAUUUAGCAGAUUCAGCAGAGAUUUUGCUUCAUAUAGCAUGCUAACAGAAUCUUUUAAGAACUGGAGCAGACUGAAGCUGCUUUCAUUCACCAGAAUGGCAGAAGAUAAAGUGAAUUUGAGAGUUGUUGCAGUCAACCUCUGGACAGG